AUGUUCUCCAAGGUCAUUCUCGUCCUCGAAAUCAUUGGCUACACCGUCGCCUUUCUCGUCAAGGAGGCUCGAUACGCGCUCCGGGCAACGGUCGUGCGUCAGCAAGCUCGAUGGUUCGGCGCAACGGCGGCGACGGAGAGGAAGCGCAACAUUGUCAUCGUCGGCGCCUCCUUCGCCGGUUAUCACGUCGCCCGUAUCAUCGGCCGCAGCCUACCCCCAGGGAGUGAGUACCAAUGUGUCGUCGUCGAGCCGAGCAGCCAUUUCCGCUUCACCUGGGUCCUGCCGCGCUUCUGCGUCGUCAAGGGCCACGAGCAAAAGGCCUUCAUCCCCUACGGGGGGUACAUCCGAGGGGCACCCGAGGGCGUCGUUCGAUGGAUCACCGGCCGCGUCGCUCGUGUCACCGCCGGAAGCGUCAAGCUCGACGGUGACGAGGGGGCCGAGCUUCCGUACGACUUCUUGGUCAUCGCGACCGGCUCCUACGUCCGCCAGGGCCUGCCAUCCCGCGUCAACGACGACGACAGGAAUGCGGGCAUGAGCCGGAUGCGAGCGAUGCAGGAUGCCAUCGAAUCGGCCAACUCGGUCGUCGUCGUCGGCGGCGGCGCGGCCGGUGUCGAGAUGGCCACCGACGUGGCAGACUUGUAUCCGACCAAGCGAGUCACUCUCGUCCAUUCCAAGGAAGCCGUGAUGCAUAGGUUCGGGAAUCCGUUGCGGGAGGCGGCCCAGGAGGCGCUCGACAAGCUAGGAGUGCACGUCAUUCUGGAUGAUCGCGUCGUCAAGGAGGACGCGGGCGCCGUCACUCUGCGAUCGGGAAGAACCAUCGGCUGCGACUAUCUUGUCAAUUGUGCCGGACAGGCACCGGCAUCGGAUAUCGUCUCGUCGCUGUCGCCGACCAUCAUCUCGCCAACGGGCCACAUCCGCGUCCGAGACACUCUCCAGGUGGCCGACGAUGGCCUCACCAACGUCUACGCCUGCGGUGACGUCGCCGAAACGGAGGCGCCGAACCCAAACGCCAGGGCAGCGAUGCGCCAAGCCUGCGUCGUUGCCGACAACAUCCUCGAAGCGACCCAGGGUCGGAAAGCUCGCCACAAGUACCGAGCCAACUGGGGAGACGGCGUGAUCAAGCUGACACUCGGAUUGCAUCGGUCCGUCAUCUACAUUGGCGACGGUAUCAGGCACUUGCUGUUCAGAAGCAAGGAGAAGGAAAUCACGCUCAUGGCAGCCAUGUCGUGGUCUCGAAUGGGCCAGAAGCCAUACGAGGACCCAUACGUAGACGGUAGUCCGAAGCCCCCUUUCGUCGAGCCGUCAGGGAAAGGACCGUGA